UAAAGGGAGGAGAAAAUCUCACGACGGAGGAUUUUUAUCUCGUUCAUUCGCAGCUAGGACCUUUGCAGGACUGAAACGAGAACUAAACUGUAAAACCCACCCAUACCAGUCGCGACUGAAUUCAGUACUUCACACCCAGCCGUCAAAUUAUUCGCGCCGUGGCUCAGCUGAACGAUGGUGAAGCCAGAUAUUCACACUCUGGCCCACCACCUGAAGCAGGAACGGCUGUACGUGGCAUCAGAGAAGCAGCUCAUCCAGCGGCUCAACAAUGAAGUGCUAAAGACAGCAGAGAGGCUCUACCGUGCAGCCUGGAUCGCCAAACAGCAAAGGAUCAACCUCGACCGCCUCAUCCUCACCAGUGCGGAGGCCUCUCCUGCAGAAUGCUGUCAGCAUGCCAAGUUUCUGGAGGACACACAGUUUGUGGAUGGUUAUAAGACACUGGGCUUUCAGGAGAGCAUCUAUGGGCAGUUCUUGGGCCGCUUGAGGGAGAACCCGCGAUUAGUGGCAUCCUGUUUGGUGGCAGGAGAGAGACUCAAUCAUGAGCACACGCAGGGGGUCAUACACACAGUCUUCACCUCGCUCUAUGGCAACUGCAUCAUGCAAGAGGAUGAAUGCUACCUGCUGCAGGUGCUACGUUAUUUGGUGGAAUUUGAGCUAAAGGAAAGUGACAACCCUCGUCGUCUGUUACGGCGAGGCACGUGUGCCUUCAGCAUCCUCUUCAAACUCUUCACCGAGGGCCUGUAUUCAGCUAAGCUUUUCCUCACUGCAACCCUCCACGAGCCCAUCAUGCAAUUGCUGGUGGAAGACGAGGACCAUCUAGAGACAGAUCCAGCCAAGCUGAUAGAACGGUUUACCCUGGCCCAGCAGGAGCGCCUGUUUGGGGAGAAAGGCACAGAUGAGUACCGCAGAAAAGUUCAGGUAGCGGUGGAGGCCAACGAAGCCAAGCUGGUGGCCCUGGUCAACACCUUUAUCGGCUACCUGAAGCAGAACACCUAUUGCUUCCCACAGAGCCUGCGCUGGAUUGUGUCUCAGAUGUAUAAGACGCUGGCACGUGUGGAAAGGUUAGAGGUCGGGGAGGUGAGGACGAUGUGCACCGACUUGCUGCUCACAUGCUUCAUCUGUCCAGCCAUCGUCAACCCUGAACAGUAUGGCAUCAUCUCCGAUGCACCCAUCAAUGAGGUGGCACGUUUCAACCUCAUGCAGGUGGGGCAGUUGUUGCAGCAGUUAGCAAUGUCUGAUGCAGAUGGUGGAGAUCCUCGACAUAAAAGCAGUUUAUCCAAGUUUGAUAAGAUGUGUGUUGCUGCCUUUUUGGACGUCGUCAUUGGUGGAAGAGCUGUCGAGACUCCACCGAUGUCGUCAAUGAAUUUACUGGAGGGCCUCACACGGACGGUGGUUUACAUGACUCAUAAUCAGCUUUUAGCUCUGGAGGACUUUGUGCGUAGUGUCACUGCAGGAGAUCAGCUCAGAGAAGAAGACCACCUGGCUCUGGAAACCCUAAUAGCCAAUGUACCUCAGUCCCGCACGACAAAGAGCAACAGCCUGGAGCUCACACCUUCUAACACACCCCAGCUCUCCCCAGCUACCACACCCGCCAACAAGAAGAACAGACUCCCUAUUGGCUCUCGCAGCCGAAGCCGUUCUAACAUGGCCCAGGAGGGAGAGACUGAAGCCAGCUCUCAGGAGUCUCUGCAGGAGGUCACACCUGAAGAAGUGCUAGUCAUCUCGCUGGGAACCUCACUGCAGACUGUACCUGGGAUGAUGUCUGAAAACGAGGUUCUGACUCUGCAUCUUGGAGAUGGUGGACAAGGAGACGCCCCUGUUGAUGACACCAAACUGCAUGGCAAACCUGACAAAACGCUGCGCUUCUCACUCUGCAGUGACAACCUGGAGGGCAUUUCUGAGGGGCCUUCUAACCGCUCCAAUUCAGUUUCUUCGUUGGACUUGGAGGUAGAGUCUGUGUCAGAAGGAGGACCAGGGCCGUCUGGUAGCAAUGGUGCAGAGGCCUUGCAGCUACUGGAACAUGAACAAGCCACUACACAGGAUAAUUUGGACGAUAAGCUGCGUAAAUUCGAGAUUCGGGACAUGAUGGGACUAACAGAAGACAGAGACAUUUCUGAGACUGUCAGUGAGACUUGGAGCACUGACGUCCUGGGCAGUGACUUUGAUCCCAACAUGGAUGAGGACCGACUGCAGGAGAUAGCAGGGGCUGCUGCGGAGAACGCAUUGUGCAGCAUGCUGUGUCUGCCGGUGCUUCUGGACCCGUACGGUUCUACCAUCUCUGAGACGGCGAGUGAGGCGUGGAGCGUGGAGGUUCUGCCGAGUGACUCAGAAGCUGCAGACCUGAAGCAGGAAGAACGACUGCAGGAGCUGGAGAGCUGCUCAGGUGUGGGUAGCACUUCAGAUGAUACCGAGGUCAGAGAGGUCAGCUCCCGGCCCAGCACCCCGGGACUCAGUGUCGUUUCAGGCAUCAGUGCCACGUCAGAGGACAUCCCCAAUAAGAUUGAAGACUUACGCUCAGAGUGCAGCUCAGAUUUUGGAGGCAAAGACUCCGUGACCAGCCCAGAUGGAGAGGACUCUGCUCAUGGAGCUCACAGUCUAUCCUGUGCACCCUCUCAAGCAGAUUCACUGCUGGCCAUGUUCGAUCCCCUCUCCUCUGGAGAAGGUUCAUCCACUGGCACCAUCGUGCGGCCCAAGGUGCACUAUCCCCGGCCCCCUCACCCUCCCCCUGACCCGCCUAUUCCAGAGGCCAGCAUUAUGGGCCACCAGGAGCCUCGUCCACCCCUCUUCGCCCCCCACUUGGUGCAGAGUGACCUGGAGCAUCCCAAACAGAGGCACUCUUACCCUGAAAGGCUGGUCAGGAGCCGCAGCACAGAUGUGGUGUCCGCUGGCCGCAGACCCAACAGUGAUCCCGGACUGAACCGCAGGACCAUGAUGGAGGAGAGAGACCCGGCUGGGGCUUAUUCCACAGGACCCACCUCCUCUCCCAGCAAGGAUUCUCUCAAAGGAGAGGUGAGAAAGAUGGUUUUGUGAAAUAUGCCUAAUUGGCAUGAAAACGUCACAAUGCAAAAUAUAGGCACCAUUGUAUGCUAACCCUGGUGGAAGAAGCGCUUUGUUCCUGCCAUUCCUAAAGUGCCGAUUGCAGGACUCCGAAAGCGGGACAAGCCAGAAAAAGACGAGCAAGGAGUGGAGAGGGUACCACAAGGUAUACCAGAUGAGCCUUCAGCACUCAGGCAGAGCUCUAAGACCCAGUCAGCAGAGGCAAUAAUGGACAAGUACAAGUACAUCAUGGAGAAACGACCCACCCACAGUGAUGGGGCACUUGCUGGAACUUAUAUUGGACAAGAGCCUUGUAGAGAAGUAGACAGUGAGCAUGACUCCCCUAAAGAUGAAGCUCUGCAGAACAUCUCUGCAGAUGACCUUCCAGACUCUGCCAGUCAGACAGCGCCACCUCAGGACAAGACAUUCUCCUUCAGUGAUAUUAAGAAAAAGCUACGCCUGGCGCUGUGCUCUGCAGAUUCAGUUGUAUUUCCCAUCAUUCCACUGGCAACAACACGUAACGGUCUCCCAGACCAUGCAGAUCCUGAAGACAACGAGAUUGUGUGCUUUCUGAAGGUGCAGCUGGCGGAGGCCAUUAACCUGCAGGAUAAGAACCAGAUGGCUCAGAUCCAGGAGACUACGCGCUGCGUCAGCCACCUCGACCCCCGCACCUGCAGAAAACUGCUCACUGCCAUGGCAGAGGACUACAAGAAACGGGCUCCGUACAUUGCCUAUCUGACGCGGUGCAGGCAAGGCCUGCAGACAUCUCAGGCUCAUCUGGAGCGACUCCUGCAGAGAGUGUUGAGAGAUAAAGAAGUGGCUAACCGCUACUUUACCACCGUCUGUGUCCGACUGCUCCUGGAACACAUGGAGUCAAAGAUGCUUGACUUCAUCAAAGCAUUUCAGGGCUGCACAGCAGCUGACGAUAAGACGGCAGCCGUGGAGGAUUUUCUGCGUUACCUGUAUGGAGCCAUGGCCCACGAUGCCAUCUGGCAGUACGCCAGUGAAGAGCAGCUCCAGGACGCCCAGAUGGCCAUCGAACGCAGCGUCAUGAACCGCAUCUUCAAACUGGCAUUCUACCCCAAUCAGGAUGGGGACAUUCACAGAGACGAGCUAUUCCUGGAGCACAUUCAGCGUCUGUCCAAAGUGGUGACGGCCAAUCACAAAGCCCUGCAGAUCCCGGAGGUCUAUUUGAAGGAGGCACCAUGGCCCUCAGCACAGGCUGAGAUCAGGACCAUCAACGCCUAUAAGACCCCACGAGAUAAAGUACAGUGUAUCCUGCGCAUGUGCUCCACAAUUAUGAACCUGCUCAGCCUGGCUAAUGAGGACGCUGUACCCGGGGCUGACGACUUUGUCCCUGUGCUCGUCUUUGUCCUGAUUAAAGCAAACCCUCCCUGCCUUCUGUCCACCAUUCAGUACAUUAAUAAUUUCUACGCCAGCAGACUGAGUGGGGAGGAGUGCUAUUGGUGGAUGCAGUUCACUGCUGCCGUGGAAUUCAUUAAAACCAUCGACGAUCGCAAGUGAAGCAGAACAGCCACCUGUAUGGGCAGACUGUAGGAAGGAGAGAGAGAGAGAGAGAGGACAGCACGGACGACUACUCUCCCCUUCAUCGAGAACGCACAGCGUGGCAUCGCCUCAGUCUGUAUAGCUGUACAUAGAGGCAAAAACACUUCAAGUUUAAAAUCGAUCAAACAUUAGAUAUGAUAAUGACAGGUUUUACUGCGCUGGGGUAUUAAAUGAAUGAAAACUAAUAAUGCGGCAGGUGGCGACAUUGCCACUCUCUACUGAUCUCUCUUAUAACCCACGUCUUUUUCUGUAGUACUGAGGAGGUGCUGGGGCUUAGAAUCAAAUUUUAUAUUAAACACCGAUUUAGCAAGUAAUUAGCUCUGUUAAAACAUACCUAUCAAAUGAAAAAGGGACCAGGAACUACCUGCAUCGAUCAUGUGUCGGGACGCUUCUGAGGGGAAUCCAUAAUUCUGUCCUCCUUGUAUAAACCGUGCAAUCUCACCCCGUUCAAAGCUAACAGUCACACGUCGAGUCAUAUCGAAGAACGCGUCACUAUAGAUGCUGCCAGUGUCUCAUCAAUGUUACAGUUUCUCAAAUUAAACAUGCCAUUAUUUUAAUAGGGCAGCUUGUUCUAUGAAUGUUAACAGGUGUUGUCAUUAUUGUACAUUCAUUCUUUUCUACGUUUCCCAGACAAUUUGGAAAUAAGGGCCCACAUAUUUAUAUAAAAUAAAAUGUAUUUAUUACUUAACUCCUGUAUUUAAUGUUUUAUUAUAUUUACUGACUUGUUCCAUGAAUUAGUUGUUGGGAAGAUGCACACGGUUCAGUUGAGGAAACAAGUUCUAGAAAUGUUUCAGUCUCACAGAGAGCUGCUAAAACAGGGUGUCUUCACUUUAGCGGAUAGUUGUAAAUUAGUGCCUUACAGAUAUUUGCAGUAACACUUGUUCUUUUAGUUGUGGUGGAUUUUCUGCCACAUUUCGCGUUUCUUGCAUCUUCAUUGAAGUGAAGAAGUCGGAUCUGUCAAAGUCAAGCCUGGCUAAACGUCACUAUGCUAUUAAUAACAAACCUGAAAUAAAAAGUACAACAUGCCAAGUAGAAACACCCCCCACAUUUGGACGUUCAGUAUGUGGAUUGUUAUUUGUGUUGAAUAGGUGGAGAGUUGACUGCUGGGUCUUACAGUAUGGUCUUAGAUGAUAGUUAUUGCUUGUGUCCCCAAGAUAUAUUUUUGUUGAGUUUACUGUUGACCUUUUCUUGUCUUUAAAUUCCAUGUAUUGUUUCAGAGUUCUUACUUUUGUAGGAUUAAAUCACUGUUAUUUUUAUAAUGCAGUUCCCAAGUAAAGCUAUGAGUUAGGAGGAACAUUUUUGUGUAAUUUGAGGUUUACUCUCAGAAAAAAAAACAAUGCAAAAAUUUUACCUUUAGGGGUACAAUAGCUUGUCACUGGGACGUACCCUCAAAGGGACACCAUAUUUACCCCUAAAAGGUUCAUAGUAGUACCUUAAAUGCACAUAUUAAUACUCUAAGGUACGAAUACACAACUAUUAGGGGUGGAUAAGGUACAAACCGGUCCCUUUAAAAGUACUGCCCCAGAGACGAGCAUCAAUUUUUGCAUUUUUUUUCUGACACUGUUUUUUGAGCUUAGAUGGCAAAGAACAUUUUAACACUGUGGCAUCAUUAUCAAUGCUAGUGUAUUGAUGUUGAGGAGAAUAUAUGUAUUGAUACAGGCUACCUUGUGUCAUAACCCCGUCACAGCUAGCACAUAUUCUUCAUAACAGUUUUUGCUGUUGAUAUCAAAUGAAUAACAGCACAGUAUAUUAUUUAAACAGGAAUAUCAGUAACAUCAUGCUC